CAAAGUACACAAGGCACAACACCUCGCUCACUCCCUACUCCUCUCCUUUAUCGCCUGUGUUUCGUCGGUCGCAUGGCCCCCUUCAUCCUUCUCCCGAAAUAGAACCACUCCGUUUGGUUCCUCCGUUUGGCCUGUACCUCGUUUUUACCCUUCAAGUCAAACCCACUCCCGUCUCCUUUCUUUUAGCCGCGGAUCGCUGGCUCAUCCUCCUUCUAUCCUCUCGUUUAUCGUUCCUUCAUCUCCAUCCCCCACUUGGCAAACAACUGUUCCGCCAUCCUUGUCCCUAUAGGGGUAGAAUAAUCAAUUAAUCACCCUUUCCCUCGUUUAACACCCCGACCGUCCUCACUCACCCCCAUCAAGCUGUCACAUUCCAUCAUUGUUUCCUCUUCCUAGUGUGAGCGGCCAUCGGAGGUUGUCUAGUUCAAACAUGGCCUCCAACGAUGACAAUGUAAAGACGGACAGUCUGCGACUUGGAGAUAACAACGAGCAUUCAGUCCCUACCACCGCUGUGCACUCCCAAGAAUCCAAUGUGCAAUCAGCCUCCACUCCUGCUUCAGCCCCAGAAUCGGCAGCGAACCCGCUUACUCCUGGCCAUGACGAAAGUACCCCCAACCAACAUAUAGUGACCGAGACGUCCGACGCACAGCCUCUCGUCGGUGGCGAAAGCGCUCCUCCACCCCAACCACCAAGUGAUGCGAAUACUCCUCCGACUCUCAAUGCAUCCGCCGCUGAGUCCGGGGCCUCGGCCCCUGAGGCGCCUUCGGUGGAGCAGCCAUCGCAGGAUUCUGACGCGAAGGAGGAAGACCAGGGCCCGUCGCUGAUGAUUACAUUGCUUUUGACAUCAGGUUCGCGGCAUCCGUUCAAGAUCGAUGGAAAGUAUCUCCAGAAGCGGUCAGUGAAUGUGGAAAACAACGAUCCUUUUGCUAUGAGCGUAUACACGCUCAAGGAGUUGAUCUGGAGGGAAUGGCGACAAGAUUGGGAACCGCAACCAUCAUCCCCGAGUUACAUUCGGCUGAUCUCGUUUGGUAAAUUGCUCGACGAUAAAGCGCCUCUAUCAGACUCCAAAUUCAGCCGUGAUGCCCCCAAUGUGGUGCAUAUGACAGUCAAACCCCAGGAACUUGUCGAUGAGGAGGACGCCAAAGGCUCUAAGCCACAAUACCCGCGGGAACGUGAAGCCAGUGAACGCAGCCCGGGGUGUCGCUGUAUAAUCCAAUAAAUUCAUUGGCUCUUGUAUUUGCACAUACCAAUGAUGGGGGUUGCAGUGGUCUAUUAAAUAUCGCAAGAGGUCUUGUCUAAUUGGCUUACUCUUGGGCGCGAUGGACUCAUUAUGCCCAUACCCCCAUC